UCAGUCAGUGGCAUUCGGGCAGUUGUCUUUAUGGUUGAGUAGUUGUCUUAUAGCUUUUAUAGUGGACAUUAGAUUGUAGUUGCUGGUAGGUUGUGGGAUGGCCCUGUUUAAACGAAUGAAAUCCCCCAAAGAUCGUCAUGUGACACAUCAGACCCUUGAAACAUCCUCUUCCUCGCCAUCGCUCAUACCUGUGGAACCAUUUCGUCGCCACAAAAGUGAAGAAGAUAUUAUAUUGGCAGUAGAAUCAUCUACAGCUAUUCUGGACGUGUCUCCUCCAGAGUUACCGCCUCGGAAUCGUUCAGACUCUAGUGGAGCAGGAGGGUCCUUCUCUACUGUAAGUGGUUAUAGGCGGACCCAAUCUAGUGGUACAAUGUCUACUACUGGUUUUAAAAAUCACCCUCCAGUGGCGGGAACGAGGCCUCAAGAGGAUUAUUUUGUACCUGCUGACACGCUCAGGAACAUGAGUGUUAGUGGAAGUUCUCCUCAACCUUCCCCUGCCCGUCUGUUAGCACAAGAUAAGCGACAUAUGAGUAUGCAUGACAAGAUUCUCUCUCAUAAUGCUCCUGAUUUCAGAGCUAGCCAAUUGAAUCGCUCUGUUGAAAAGUUACACGUAACUGACACAAGUGAUUACAGUGUACCAUAUGAUGUCCUAGGUGAGGGUGAGUCCCGAAAAGGUGUCCCUCCUCCCAAGCCCCCUCAUUUGAAGCGGGGAAGUCGUAAACCUCAAGAGGCUCCUGAAAAGCUUAGUGAACCUCCAGAUUAUUUACCCCCUCUUCCACCUUCUGUAAAUGAAGAGGAAGAGGAAGUUGAGCAAGUUUCACCUCAGUCAUCACCUAGUAUAUCGAAACCACGACCUGGCGAUUAUGAUGAUCCUUGGGAUUCUACAAAGUUUAUCAAACUACGCCAAAGGUCAGAAACUGAGCCACCAAAAUUGAUAGCUAAUCGUAUUGAUCCAUACAAGUCUCCCAAGGGUUCAAACAACGAGUUGUCUGAAACAGAGCCACCCCUCCCACCCAAACUACCAGACACUACAUCAACCCUGACUACCACUGUUGCUUCUGUUCCUAAUGAUACUCACUUUUUGUCACCUUCUCCUACUCCUCCUCCUGUUCCAGAGACGUCACGUCCAAGGGCAAGUACAGAUAUCCAACCACUUAUGCCACCGGCCUUCCCUAUCGAUACAUCAUGUUCUUUGGAAGAACAACUUUGGUAUCAUGGGAAGAUUAGUCGGGAUCAAGCUGAAGACAUACUUAGAAAUCAACCUGACUUCAGUUUCUUAGUCAGAAAUAGUGAGAGCUGUAAGAUGGACUAUUCUCUGUCUAUAAGAGAUCGAACUAGUCCGGCAGCCCACGGCUUUAUACAUCUCAAAAUAAGCAACGGACCUAAGGGAUUUGUGCUUGGGCAGUUCAGUUCUCCUUUUCGCUCUGUACCAGAAUGCAUAUCUUUUUAUACUCAACAACCACUAACUAUAAAGAACAUUAAUCACAGAAGACUAGGAUUUCCUGUUGGGCGGAUUCAGUUUACACAUCAUUGAUUACUAGGAUGAUUUUAUUUGUGUUUAUUAUUAUUUGUGUGUAUGUGUAUGUUUUCUGCAUGCGUGUAUUGAAAUGAAAAUUAAUCUACCUUCUAAAUAAUUAAUCUACCUUAUAAA